UAAAGCCAGUAGUUUCAUUUUACACUCCAACGCAACUGGAAGCAACAGCAAACGCUCGUGCGCACAUUGAAAGAAAUGCAUGUGAAGAUCGUGAACGGAUAUUCACGAAGAGAGAAGCACACGCACGUCGUGCACGGCUAUUCGAAGAAAUAUUCACGUUGCAAUGCAAGUACGGUGCAUGAAGUGAUUAAACAAAUUUAAACUCAACUGAAAACUCAAACGUACGCAUGUUUGAAAUUUUGAAUUUCUAUGGAAAACGCGCGCCAACAGACAGACCGUCGGUAUUGCGCAAGUCAAGAGUUUGAUUCGGGUUCCAAACAAACAAACAACGAAACUGUGCGAUCGAAUUGCGAAACCGAGCUGGUGAAAACAGUGCAGCAGCAGAUGAGAGCGUAGUGAGAGUGAAACGAUGCACCGUGAAUGCAGGUGGAAAAUCCAAACGCAAGCCGUCUCUCGUGCAGUGAAAGGUGUGUGCGCCGGAAAAAUCCAUACGCUGUGUGUUUGCACUAUCAAAGUAACCUUGUAAGCGCAAAAGAAACGUGCAAUUUUUGCCACAAUCGGUGCCUUCAUCAUUAUUGCUACACAGCCGCGAUCAAAGUAAACUGUGCCAGGAUGUCGUCGAACGGGAAAUCCUGCACCACUUGCGGUGAUUGUGUUGUGGUCUUAAUUGGUUGUUUUUGCAGCAAACGUUUCUUGCCAGUAUUUCCAUUUAAGUGCUAAUGGUACGUGGAAAGAUAGCCACCCCUCGAAGCAAAACGUUGUACUACAUGGCAGGAAGUGAUUGAAAAGAGUGGUAGAGUAAAUCGAAACACAAAAACAUAAGGAUUUGACAGGACUUGCGUGAUGGGAAAUACACAGGCACACGCGGCCACCCAGCCGAACGCUGCGUCAGCUGAGCAGCAGCCAACCUCAAGGUCGUCCAAAACACCGUCCCUCUCCAAGGGUCGAAGCUUUAUCAAAUUCGGCAAACGCAAGCAGUUGUUGGUGGAACACGAGGGUCAAACGUUGACCGGUGGAAGGCUUAGCGUCGAAGAUGAUGUCACCAAGCCCGACCUUGUUACUGCUGACACGGAAGAGGACGGCUUUUCGAACAUACUGUUGGAUGCGGCUGCUCACUUGGACCGGAACAACUCACGCCGUGAGCAGAAUGGUAGCAUUAGUGAGAUUGCCGAGAAAUCAGCUGACUCGAAUGGGCGCGACGACGAGGAGUUUGAUUACAUCCAACAACAAGCCUCAACUGGUGGCAAACCAGCCAAGCAUGCAAAAGAUGCGUCGCGAUCCGUUGAUGACGCAAUUUACGAGACUCACCCUCAACGACCACCACCCGCCAUACCGGCUACAACGAUGACGACAUCAAACACGGGGGGCAUGAUCAGCAACCCAAGCGCAUCAUUCACACACCCGCCCGAUCACUGUAAGUCGCUGACCUGCUUAGAGACGCACAAGCACAUUUCUCCACAACAAACGCUGCCGCACCAUACAUGUCCGCCAGCAGCCAGUUCUAGUAGCACCGGUCACGAUAGUACGCUCACUGGCACCCGCGAAUGCAACAACGCACCAAUACAGCGGCAAGAUAGCGGCUUGCCGGUCGCGACGCAUUCCGUUUCUAUAACAACAAACGAUGUCGAAACCUCCACCCAACAACCGACCCACUGCAGUAGGGCGGCAUCAUCGCAGCUACGCAGCAAACCAGUUCCAGCCACGGACAACACGCUCACCGAUGGUUGUGGUGGUGUGGUCGGCCAACAGCCAGCGAACCCGAUCAUUGUCACUACCGACUCGUGGAAAAGGGCCAAUUCACUCAAUCAAACUCCAGCCGCGCGUGAAAGCCAACCUUCCACCAAUUCGUGCGCGGCGUUACGCAGCAAAGAUACACCGAAUGUCAUACACUUGCGCGAUCGUACCACUUCUUCAAGCUCUGACUCGAUCUUCACGGAUCCAGCAUCACCGCAGGGCGGUUUUGCGACCGAAAUUAACGAAGCUUACUAUUCCGAAGAAAACAUCUGCGAUCUUAACGAUACCGCUUCGACUGUUCGCAAUCGGUCCCCACUAGCUCAGCUAACCAUCUGCAGGAAUGAAUCACUGACACUCGGUGGCACUGACAUUGAACGAGAGGAGCGUCUAAAAGCAAAACUAGAGUGCAAGAAUGUAUCCCACAUCAGUGUUUCACCCUGCAAUGAAAACUACUCUAGCGGUAAGGAAUCACAAGCGAACCUGCACAUCGAACACAACGUGAGCAACGUCUGCAUUGAGUCAGAAACUGCCCUGUAUGACUCAUCGGAAUCAUCUUCACCACCUCCGGAUAACAGUAUGGAACGAAAACGGGUGCCUCUGUCCCAUCGCAGAACGGGUAGUGUCACCGUUACAGGCAGCAAUGGAACGGGAACAACCGGUAUUGGAACACGUGUUCCAACUAAUGGGAAACCUACGAAAGUACUGACCAAAUCUAGCCUUUACGUAGGCACAAAGUUACCUGUGCUAACUGACCGUAAGGUCAGCGCUAAUAACUUUUCGGGCACGACUCCGGCCAACAGAGUUGUACGACCGUCUUACGUUCCAGAAAAGCUCAACUUUUUUGCAUAUGAGAAAUUUGAAGGACAUAUGCUGAUGAAUUGGUUAUCAUCAUCCCUACCUUCGAAUAUACCAGGAGUAAACGAACAAGACCUGCAAGCUCUCCUAUUCCAGUACUGCACAAAUCUUCUUGUUGCCGGCGUCAUGAAACAGAUACCUGACAAACAUGCUCCACCACAGGAUACUUUUCGGACGAAUCUCAUGUACCAGUGGACGCAUACCGAGCCUCCAACACCGACACCUGUUACACCCGGUAGACUUGAACCACACGUCGUUUGGCCGCACGCGUCGGAAACACAGUCCACUACAAAAAGUGUUUCCCAUCAAUCAACUAGCACGAACAUUGAACAACUCGCCAAUAGUAAAUCUGACGGCGAUAAAACCAUGAGCGAAAGCCUCGGCCAAGAUCAGAAUGACGAUCAAAAAGCGAGUGAUUUUCAGCUUCUCCGGCGCCGAAUCGCAAGCUGCGAAACGAUCGCUCAACUAAAGAGCAUUUUGCAGGAGCUAUUCUUUAACAACAGUAUCCCGGCUGAUGCAGCUGAAAUGACUAAGAAUCACAAUUUCAACGAGCAAUCAAUGAGCAAUAGCUAUCGAUUACUGUUCCGAGAUCUUCUCAAUGGCACUGAUUGCACCAUAUACGAUAAAGCCACGACCGAUCUACUUAACGAAACCGAGUGUACAGUGUUUGCUGCAUCUACCAGCACUCCAAAAGGGAAAUCCAUAAUACAAGAAAACAAUAACUCAAGCGAAAGUAUUGUAAGCCACAGUUUACAAGCGUCUCCCAACCAAGGAGUACAAGAUGAGCAAAAGCAAACUUCUGUUACACGUGAUACAACUGCGAAUACGCACCAAACAUUCCUCAACAACAGUAUUACUGCCAGCAACAUCAGUGAUCUUCCAGAGCAUGACACGACGCGGUACUUCAACGAAGCAAAUAUGCCUAAUAGUAAUGUGCCGUGUGCUCCAUCCGUGACCAAUUACGUCUGUUCUAGCUGCGCCAAAUCGCUCUCAUCUGGAAGUACAACGUCCACUCUAUUAGCUCAAUCUGCAGACGAAUCUGCAAACGUUAAAAGAAGUGCAGAUCAUACGGUUCUAAUGGACAGCGCACAGCCAGCGCUAGUAACAAGGGAAACGCAAACCGACCCCAGUAAUAAAAUUCAUUCCCAGGACGAUACAGCCAUUCCAUGUCCUUCUGACAUUAAGCCGUCUUUGCCACCACCGCCACCUCCACCGCCACCACCUCUCUUCAAUACUAUUCCAGCACAAACUGCGACCGGGGUACAACAGUCGUCCCUUCCUCCUCCUCCCCCACCACCACCACCUCCAACACCUUUCCAAACUACAUCAUUGCCACCACCUCCACCUCCACCGCCACCAAUGCCAAUGGUUGGCGAGGGAGGCAAACUUCUUUCCGUUCCUCCACCACCUCCACCGCCUCCACCAAUGGGGAUUGGUCCUGCGGGAGGAGCUGCUGGCACAGCUUUGAUAGGACCACCACCGCCCCCACCAGGUGGUAUUGGUGGCGGGCUUGGUACAAAUGGGCCGAAUGCGGCUCCACCACCUGGACCAGGUAAAUUAGCGUCAAGUGCCUCCACUACUGCGAACACCAGUGGCCCUCCGCCACUACCACUACCCAUACCAGUGCCCGGAGGAUGGUAUGCGGCGAAUAUUCUUCGCAAACAACCGGUUAAUCCGCCUAAACCGAUGAAACCCCUCUAUUGGACCCGCAUUAUAGCACCAAAAAGUAGUAGCGCUGGCAAAAAUUCCAACGUGAUGUCGACGUCGCUGUGUGACGAAACCGACGGAGCGUCCUCCAUAUCGAGCACAAGCGUCACGGAGCCUACUGAUGGUGGAGUGCAUGCUACAAAGUUAGAAACAAAUUCCUCGCCACCCACAUCGUUGGAAAUCGAAAAGCGUCUAGGUCUGUGGCAGGAGCUUGAGGAAACAAAUCUCGACAACUUGGAGGAGUUUACUGAGCUGUUUUCGCGCCAAGUAAUCAUACCGAAACUUCGGGAAAAGGUAGAGAAACCGGAAAAAACCAUUAAAAUACUCGACUGCAAAAGAUCCCAAAAUGUGGGUAUUUUCGCAAAAAGUUUGCACGUAGAAUGGGACGAAAUUGAGUGUGCUAUUUACCACUGUGAUACGUCCGUCGUGAGUCUGGAAGCGAUGCAAAAAAUCCUUGAAAUUAAAGCCAGCGAUGAAGAGCUGAUGCAGAUCCGCGACUACGCAGAGAGCAGUUUGGCCAAUAAUAACAAUGCGAUCCCGCUCGAUCAGCCGGAACAGUUCCUUUUGCGCAUAUCAAGCAUUUCGUUCUUCUCGGAACGCAUUUCCUGCAUCGUAUUUCAGGCCGAAUUCGAGGAACAUUACAAAGGCGUGUCACGCAAACUCAAAACGGUUAAACAGACUUGCGAGUUUCUUACGGAGAGCGAAGAAUUGAAACAUCUCUUUUCAAUCAUACUUACGCUGGGCAAUUUCAUGAACGGAGGCAACCGUACCCGCGGACAGGCGGACGGUUUUGGAUUGGAGAUUUUAAGCAAGCUCAAGGAUGUCAAGUCGGCCGACACUAAUACGACGCUCUUGCACUUUAUAAUCCGUACCUAUAUCAGCCAAUGCCGCAAGAGUGGUAUCAUAUUGCAGGAAAUAAAGCUACCCAUUCCGGAUCCUGGUGAUCUGGAUAAGGCCGUAAUAGUGGACUACGACGAUUGCAGAACGCAGCUUACAAUGUUACGCUCAAAAACAGAAGAGUGCCGCAGAACUGCAGACAAAGUUAUCCAAGAUUCAACGGAAGAUCAUUUGCAUCCAUUCAAGGAAAUUAUGGAAGAAUUCAUUGAAAAGGCCACCGCUCGUAUCGAAAAGCAAUUCUGCAAGCUCGAGGAAUGUUGCGAAUGUUUCGUUCGCACAAUGCGCUUCUACCAUUUUACACCUAAAACGGGCACACUAGAAGAAUGCAAGCCCGAAAUGUUCUUCGAACUAUGGCUACCGUUCGCACACGACUUUAGGAGCAUUUUUAAAAAGGAAAUGCAGCACCAUUUAAAUGAACUUUUAAAAAAGACCAAACGUCCAUCAACGGCACCGUCCGGUGCAAAACAAACCACAGCAAAAGUGAAACCCGGCUCGCUAAAAGAACGUAUGAAACGAUUGAUGCAAAACUAAAGCACCAACUACGGGUUUGGAAGUUGAACAUGGAAUGCAUGCGUUGUAGCGCUACGAGUAAACAAAAACCUAUAAUAAAGUAUUAAUGUAAAAACUUA